CCUCGACUGUAAUCUCUACUUCCUGGAUACGCGUUCACAGAAACAGCCAGGUUGGAUUUGCUGUAUUUAAACUGAGUUUUCUCCAACCUGUUGCUUAUACACACACGCGAAGACGGGUUUUUUCCAACGAUAAAUGGCAGUUUAUUGUCAGGAAAUUACAAAUGAUGACGUAACCGGGACAGUGACGCUGUAGGCGCAGAAGUCGCGGAGAAGAGCGCCACGUCAUUGAUCGGCGGGGGAGUCCGGAAAACAAACCCGAGGUCCCGUUUGGACCGGAUAAAAACAGACAAACACUUCACCGUUUGCCUUCCAUGAGCUGCCGGGCCUGUGCUGUUUGACAUUUUAUUACCAAAAAGGAGGAGCAGUGGUUGAAAAUGACGGCGUCUAACUGGGGUCUCAUCAUGAACGUGGUGAACAGCAUAGUGGGAGUCAGUGUACUCACCAUGCCCUUCUGCUUCAAACAGUGUGGGAUAGUGCUGGGAACUCUGCUGUUGUUCUUCUGCUCGUGGAUGACCCACAAGUCCUGCAUGUUCCUGGUCAACACAGCAAGCAGCACUAAAAGAAGGACCUAUGCAGGAUUGGCCUUUCAUGCUUACGGGAAACCAGGAAAAACUGUGGUGGAGAUGAGUAUGAUCGGUUUGAUGUUGGGGACCUGUAUCGCCUUCUACGUUGUGAUAGCGGAUCUGGGCUCAAAUUUUUUCGCUCAGCUGUUGGGUUUACAGGUGACCGGUAGUUUCCGCGUGCUGCUGCUGAUCAUCGUGUCUCUGUUCAUCGUCCUCCCACUGAGUCUGCAGAGGAACAUGAUGUCCUCCAUCCAGUCCUUCUCCGCUAUGGCCCUCAUGUUCUACACCCUCUUCAUGUUCACGAUAGUGUUGUCGUCUCUGCGCUACGGCAUAAUCUCAGGCUCCUGGGUGGAGCGGGUUCACCUGUGGCGCUUCAAGGGCGUCAUUCAGUGCCUGCCCAUUAUCGCCACAACCUUCUGCUGUCACCCGCAGGUGCUCCCGACCUACGACAGCCUGGAUGAGCCGUCCGUCAAACGCAUGAGCACCAUCUUUACCUCGGCCCUCAACGUAGUCACCAUCUUCUACAUCACUGUGGGUUUCUUUGGCUACGUCAGUUUCACAGAGAACAUCGCAGGCAACGUGCUGAUGAACUUUCCAUCCAACCUGGUGACAGAGAUGAUCCGCGUGGGCUUCAUGAUGUCCGUGGCCGUCGGAUUCCCCAUGAUGAUCCUGCCCUGCCGCCAGGCCAUCAACACCAUGCUUUUUGAGCAGCAGCAGAAGGACGGGACGUUUGCUGCUGGGGGAUACAUGCCUCCUCUGCGCUUCAAGAUGAUCACCCUCUGCAUUGUGUUCGGCACCAUGCUGGGAGGCAUUCUCAUCCCCAACGUGGAAACCAUUCUGGGUCUGACUGGCGCCACCAUGGGCAGCCUCAUCUGCUUCAUAUGCCCUGCUCUCAUCUACAGAAAGAUCCAGAAGAAUGGCAUCAUUUCUCAGCUGGUCCUUUGGGUGGGUCUUGGCAUCCUGCUCGUCAGCACCUUUACCACCCUCUCAAUAUCGGCCAGAAGUCCGGGCACCAAGGUCCAAGCUCCUCCACCUCCAGCACCUGUCAAGAACAACAACAUGCCGCUACCGGACCUCCCUGGACUGCACGCUGAUCCUCAAAACAAGAAGCCAGUGGAGAUAGGAAAACCUGACCUGCCACCUGUGAAAGUGGUACAGCCUGUAGAGAGGGGCCCGGCUGAGCCCCCACAGAUUAAAGGACCAGUGGAAGUACCUGAGAGAAAGGACGAAGAGGUGCAGUUGGACCGCCCUGAUGCCGCAGGUGUCGCAGUGCCAGAGGGCGAGGCCCAUCGCCAUGAACCACCCAUCCCUCAUGACGAGGUCCACGUAGACACAAGAAAAAACAACGAAGAGCUGGAAGAGGACAAGAAACAACCUGGAGGAGGAGAGGAAGAACCCAAAAGAGAUGGAGAGCAAGGCUUGGGGCACGCUGUGGAGGUAGCAGACAAAAAAGAUGACAUGGUUGAAGAGAAGCCGAAGCCUGAUGCUGUGGGGAAAGAGGAAGUGGAUUUGGGUGGAGGCGAAGUUGAGUCCAACGAGGUGGUGAAGAAGCCCGACAAACAGCAGGAUGUUCCCUCGCUAAAGGAAGUUGAGAGGCUCGAUCCUGUGAAAGAUCCUCUUGCAGGGAACGCAGCCAAAGUGGUCAAUCAAGCAGACAAAGCUCCAGACGCUGCAGGGAAACGUGACGCUCCACUUCCUGAGGGAGAGCAUCAUCCUGCUGCAGAAGAGGCUCCGGGUGUAGAAAGCAAAGAAAAAGCAGAUGAUAAGAUGGAAGAGGGCCAGCUCGACCACGCCGUGCUGCUGCAGGUGAUUCAGGAGCAGCAAGAGCAGCAGAAGAGACUUCUGGACCAGCAGGCAAAACUCCUGGCUGUCAUCGAAGAGCAGCACAAGGAAAUCCACCAGAAACAACCUGCUGCCGGGGGCGCUGAAGGUGAGGCAGAGAAAGGUGUCCAGGAGGGAAUAGAAGGCGGAGCAGCAAAGGUGAAAGAGUCUGGCCCGGACUCUGACCCCAAGCAGCCUCAGGAAGCAGCCGGAGCUGCCGAGCCUCAUGCCGCGGCCCAGAAUCAAGCGCAGGCCGGGGAUAAGGGUGCAGAGGCCGGGGCUGUGAAAGCACCUUACAAGGAGGAUGGCAAGGCUUCACUUGAAGGAGAAUCCCACAAGCAGAGCGAGCUGGGGGCAAGGGGUGUGCCGCUGGGAAAGAAAAGAUCUGAUGACCGUCAGCCCGUAGCCCAAAACGAACUGGUAGCUCAACUUAAAGAUGAAGAAAGAAACCUAGAUACGAAAAAGGAGAACAUUGUAAAUGAAGAGGCUCACGCAAGGCUGGAGAAAGAACAACUGGAAAGGGAGAGAAAGGAAAAGCUGGCCAAAGAGCAGGAGUUGGAGAAGGAAAGGAUAGAAAAAGAAGUGCAGGCAAGGUUAGAUAAAGAGCGAUUGGAAAGGGAGAGAAAAGAAAAUCUCAUCAAAGAGCAGCAGUUAGAGAAGGAGAGAGCCGAGAAAGAGAGGAUAGAGAAAGAAGUGCAAGCCAGGGUGGAAAAAGAACGUCUCGAAAGGGAGAGAAGAGAGAAGCUGAUCAGAGAACAGGAGGAGAAAGAGAGAGCAGCGAAGGAAAAGGCUGCUGCAGAGAAGAGAAUUCAGCAGGAGUUGCUGCGAGCAGACAAUGAAGUAGUUGCGAGAGUGAGGAAAGAGAAGGCAGCGGAGGAGGAGGCAAGGGAGAGGCAGGCCCAGCUGGAGCGAGACGCGGAAGACAGACAGGCUGCACAGGGGGCUGAGAGAGAAGACGGCAACGCUUUGAAGAAAGGAGGACGAGACCUCAAAGAGAAAGUUGCUGCCCAGGCGGACCCCAGAGAAGGUGUGGAAGAUGGGGCCGUCAAAGCCCAGGCUCACCCCCAGGGCUCCCACGAGAAGAUCAGGGACCAGGGAGAGAUGGAUCUAAGGCGGAGGCGCAGGGCACUGGGACCCAGUGAAGCCCGAGGGCCCCCGGAGGAGGCCGGGAUGUCCAGGGGGGUGCCGGGGCUGGAGCCCCUGCUGGAGCUGGGGGGCUCAGACCUGCAUGCAGCCCUGGAGGAGAGGCUACUGGCUGGGGCAAUGGUGCACUCGCGGCAGAUUAAACAGGCCUCAGAGGAUGAGGGAGCGAAGUAACACACCGAUUCUCACUCAAUGAUUGGACUGUAAGUUCAACACAUACUGCAAAAAACUUCUAAUACUGUGGACCACAAUAUCACUGCCUUACAUUCUUUCUUGCCUUCAGAAAUGUUAUGGACAAAGAGGAACAUUUUCUCUUUCUUCAUACGGAGUAUUCCAGAAACAACCCAAAGUCUAUUAAAGAGCAAAGUGCGUGUAAAUAUUAACUUAUUUUUGUCUUCAUGGUGAAGCAUUUUGAAGAGGUUACUGUUGAAAUGUAUAUAAAUCUAUGCAAAUGGCGUGUUUAGACAGGUUAGAUGUAUUGUUUGUCCCUUUUUAUUUACCAGCUUUGUGGAGUGUGCUUCUCUAUAGGGUCUGUUUGUGCAUUGUUGUCUCCUUUGCGAAUCUUCUGUUAAAGCUUCAGUGUGUUUGUUACUUUGUGAUGUAUAUAUUGUAAUAUUUGUUGUGUUAAAUUGUGAUCUAAGGGUUUUUUUGAACCUACAUGUAUCACAUAUUGGAUGUAAUGUGGGUCCACGCACCUUGUUAAAAGUUGUUUCAUUAUACUUUCAAAUGAAAGUAACUGAAUUCAACCUCACGCUGGAGCUACGAGGUAUACAAUGUAGCCUUACUGUUUGAUAAACUGUGGACAGUGAAGCAGCUGGAUCCAGACCAUCACUCCCCAAUCAUUCCAUCAUCAAUAUCUGUUCCUUAUUGAUUUAUCAGUGCCUUUUCAAUCCAUAUGCUGCUGUUCUAUCAAAACAAAAUUAGUUUCUUUCCCAAUUUGUGUUCUUUUUGCUCCCACUCUUACUGUAAACAGUACAGUAAUCAUGAGAAAUUAAGUGGAAGUAAAUAUUGACUGUUUGUAGUGUGUCUUUGUGAUCCAACUUUUCUGAAAAUUCCUCCAUCAGUCGGCACUUAGACACACAUUGGACCUUUGCUUUGUACAAGAGGCUAUUUUUGUAUUUUUCUAUGUGCAUUGUAUUUCUGUACAUUUUGCUGAGAAUAAGAAUAAAUAAAAACAUCUCUAUUA